AAAUUAUAGUUUAAAUAAUACUAAAUAAUAGACUACUUUCUAUUUUAAUUUUACUAUUUUACUUGUAGAAAUGUCUUGUUAUGAAGUGACUAAUGUGUUAAUGUCUCGACAGACUGAGACUUGAUCAGUAAUAUCAGCAAUGACAAAAUUGGCACUUCGGAAUUCCCAUUCAAUUAAUUUGAUAAGAAUGUAGUCUAGAGAAGAUCCGUGUCAACUCAUGCCAAAAUAAUAAUGCUUUAGUCGUCUUCCGUACUGGUUUGAUUCUCAAUAAUGACAGAAACAGAUAAUAUAAGUAGGCUCAGGAGUGUCGGUCAAGGUGAGGAUUCUCCUGGACGACCUCCUGGACGACCCAUGCGUCAGUUGGAAUUCCAUCAGGCAAUGUCAGAUUUUCGGCAUAUGUUUCCCGAAACAGACGAGGAAGUGAUUGAAGCUGUCCUUAGAGCAAACAAUGGCAUGGUAGAUGCGACUAUAGAUCAGCUUUUGACCAUGAACAUAGAUGCAGAUCUAAAUGAAGAUGAUGACCUUUCAGACCACAUUUUAAUGUCAGUAGAAAGGGAUGUGCAACAAUCUCAGCAUGUGCAGCCCUCGCAAGGGUUAAAACGCUCUGGAAGAGAAACUAAGCACAAUAAGAAGGGAGUUCCAGAACUUCAAGAUAAACCUUCAAAGGACUCAGAGGAUUGCCCUCCUUCCUACACAGAAGCUGUACAGUCCCACAUGGCUCACAACUAUAAGAGUAGCUCUGGGCGGAGCAGGCACCGCAACUCGCCAACCAUGGCUGUUAAUAACGGUAGCUGCCAUCAUUCACGACACACCAUAGGGACCAUGCAACAUUUGUUGGACCUGGGUCCGGACACAGCACCAGUUGUAAGUAGCACCUCAGGACCUGGCACUAAAACUCACCACAGCCACCACCACUCUAUACACCAUCACCACCACCAUGUCCCCCGGUCUUCCAAUCACCACCGACGUCGAGGUGAGGCCUUAGAUGGCUCACCCCACAAACCUCGACCAGGUCGUAAUAUUUUGUCCACCUCGACUGUACCCUCUCACGUCCAGCAAGAUAUGUUGCCAGAUGACUUCAGUUUCCGACCCCACAGGAAAGGAUCUUUAGACAGCAAUGAUUUUGUGUUGGAUGGUGGUCCUGGCAUGGUCAGAGAGAAGAGCCCUCAUCGAUGGAGAUCUGGUCACAGAGACUCGACCACUACAGUGAAAAGACCAGCCUACAGAAAUUGGAAUCCUCCCAUGCUAGGUACACUCCCAGAUGACUUUCUUAGACUCAUUCCUGGCCCAACUCAACCACCAAGACCUUUACGACCAGGAACUCAGUUACAUAGAACACUGUCUGCAGUGGGUCCCCAGCGCCCAUCAUUCUACCCUGUGCCAGCUCCUUCACCGUUGACCUCUGCAGAAGCUAAUAAUUCUUCCAUGGGGCAAGUUGUUAAACAGAAGGCAUCCCAGAAACCCCACCGGUCUUUAUCUUUUGCUGGUCACACCAACCAAGCUAGACGACCACAGACUGCUCAUCCUUCGGGCUUAGCUCAGCAUGAGUUCAGCUCUGAUAUCCUGCAGGAAAGGAUGAAGGAGAAUGAGCGACGUCGGCAUUUGACCUCAAUGGAUGUGGACCCCGACAUGGCACAGUACUUAGAAGAUGAGAGACUCGCAAUUAUGUUACAAAACAGUGAAUUUCUUCAGGAGUUGAGAGGAGACCGCAUAUUUAUGAUGACAUUAGAACGAGAUCUGCGCAAUAGUGAGAAAACCAAAGUGGAACAACCUGCGGAGCCUUCAACCCCACCGAGCUUAGAUCCAGAAAAUCAAGACUUCAUUGAAGGCUAUGGUGAUGAUCGUCGAGACACUCUGGAGGCAUUUCCCUUUAGUCAACAGUUGCCACCACCAGUAAGUGAAGAUGUGGAGCUCAGAAAAAAAUUAAAAAAUAUGGGGAAAGCAUCAAGAAAGCAGUUUGCAGCAUUAGCUAGAAGAUUUUUUCUCAAGUGGAAAAAAAGGUCGCCCCAACAAAUCUUGAAAGAAUCUCAGGCACCUUCAAUGAUGAAUUUGCUAGAUGAAGAUGAUGAUGAGGAGGUGGAAGACCAAAUGUUCAAUGUAGAGAACAAUCCAACCAUGGAGUCUUCCUGCCCUACCACACACAGUCACCAGAGUACGUCAACCUCUGGAUCCUGGCACAGUCCUCAUCAACGGCAUUUUGACAUUGUUUGAUUGGAAGUCAUCUUCACUUUCAAUUCUUCGUUUCAAUAAUCUUUAAAAAAAAAAAAAGUUAGCUUCUGCUUGCCAAGAAAAAUUGCAUUUUCAAGGAGAGAGAUACAUCAGCAUGGACACUUGUGACGUGUCAUUAUAAUGUCACCUGAACUUGCAGCAUGUCAUCUAGUUGGUGGUAAAAUGAAAGCAAAUGUUACCAGCCUACAGGGGCUGUAAUUCAUACAAAUAUGUUCAUACUAACUGUGUGUACGUUGGAAAGAAAAAUGUUCUAUUUUGUACUUUUUUUUACAGAUUUGGACAAGUUUUUAACAAUGUUUGAUUUUAGCUACUUACAGUUUCAAUGAUUACCAAACUGUUGUAUCAAUAUCUCUGAUUAUGUACAGUAUUUAUUCUGUGAGAAUUGUGGCGCAAUAUUUUAUGAAUAAUUUAAGUAUUCAGAGGACAUGUACAGUCUCUUCUUUUAGUUCACAUUUCAAAACAUCAUUUCAUUUAGACUGAGUUGUACUUUGUUACGCUUCCAGCUAUUAGAUCCCAAUUUUUGUAUUCAGUAGACUUCAUACUUUCAUUGUGAUUUGAGGAUUUUCAAUUCAAUAUAUUUUCUUGAAAUGUACACUCCACUUAUAAUACAAAUAUUUUUUUAAAUAAUUGGACCAGAGGUUCUUAAUUAUUUACAUUUUUUGCUAUUUUAUUUCCCAUUGUAAUUUAUUCUUGUGAGAAAGAAUGUGGGGCAUGUGCAAAUUAAAAAUGUAUAAAUUCAAAUGUGUAAUAUUUGUAUUCAACUAGCCAUGAAGCUCAUCAGAGUUGCAUGGGAUUUGUUUGACAUUUCUUCAGUAAACGUACAAAUAAAAAAAGCCGUAGCCCCUUUUGAGAAUUAAAAUACUGUCAUAAAUGUCUCAAAACUAAGAUCAUUGCUCUCUUUUCUUUUAAUAGUAUCGGGUUUCGACUUUUCAAUAUUAUCAGUAUCAACUUUUUCAUUGUAUCUUUUUGGUCAACAUUGUUUAUUACAGAGCAAGUAAGUGUGAAGAAUAAACAUCUAUCCAAAAGCAAUUAUACCUCAAAAUUUUAGAAUAAGUGCUGCUUUAGAAUGAACUAAGGUAUUGAUAGAAACAAAGUACAAAGUAGAAAACACCAAACUGUGGGAGAUGAGUGGACAGAAAAAUAUAGAAGUGCAGAUCUUAGAGAGGAAGUGGAGAUGGAUUGGUCACACCCUUAGAAAAGAUAACAGCAACAGAGCUAGGCAGGCCAUAGAGUGGAACCCCCCAGGGAACAAGACGCAGAGGAAGACCAAAAAGAACAUGGCGAUGCAGUGUACUUGAAGAAGCAGAGAAGACCGGGAAGAGCUGGGACACCAUCAAAAAGCUAGCAAGAGACCGUGGAGAGUGGCGUGUUUAUGUCGAGGCCCUAUGUUCCAUGAGGAACUCAAAGGAAUGAUGAUGAUGAUUGAUAGAAACAUGUAUUAGCAUUCAUGGUGUCUAGCUCAAAUAUCUUGCCAGUGACUAAAAACAACCAGGAUUAAAUGAAUAUUUGCAUUUUGAUCAAUUAGUAGGUAAAAUUUCUCAACCAGCUAUAUCUCUAACUCUGGAAUAACUCAGCUGGCUGGUGCUGGGGGCUCCAAUAGACAGUGUCUUUUGAAGAAAUUUAUUUUUGUUACCAAAAAAAAAAGUAGUUGGAAAUCUAUUCAAAUAUUUCACCUGUCCCUUGACUUUUGUCCUACGGGCGCUAUGACACUUUGCGUAACCAAAUCCCUCCAUUGUUCUGGUCAGCAGCUGUUCUUAAUAUGAGAGAUGGUCCAUUCUUUUACAUAGUCCAGCCAGAUUGAGGAACUCUGCACAAGCAAAAUAAUUGGAAGGCGAGGGUUUGACCAUCAUUGUGCUUGUCCCACCUGGUCUUCCCGUUAGAAUAUUUGAAUUUAUACGAAAUGAUCAGAAAUUUCAUAAAAUAUGCAUUCAUUUCAAAUAUAGAUUGCAAGCUCUUUCGCUGGUCAUUGCUUUUUAGUUUGUAAACUAAUCAAUCAACUGAAAUAAUAAAGAUCUUCCUGGUCUUCAAAUUGAUGGAAUUUUGUCCCCAUUUGAAGAACAGAAUAUGGUCUAAAGAUCAAUUUAAACUUGUAUGUAAAUUUUGGUUAAAUUUUUUUUCAAUAAUUAUGUUUUCAAUAUAAAUUUGAAAUUGACCUGUACAUAUAAGCCAUGCUGUAUUUAAUUUUGAUUAAAAAAAUGAACAUAAUCUUUGACCUCCGUGAUGUCAUUGUUUCUUGUUAUUGAGUGGAUAUGAUAUUAAAACAUUGGUGAUUGCAUCUCUUA